GUGUUCAACACGUGAUCAACUUCGAUAUGCCCAAGACCAUAGAAGGCUACAUACACAGAAUAGGUAUAUCUCAACUGCGGAUGGUAGGAGAGUUCGUGUACGGUUCUCAUUGGCCGAGCAGGACGUACUGCACGAGCUGGGAAGAAAGGCGUCGCCACUUCGUUUGUGACUGACGAAGACUCACACCUGCUUCGGGACCUCCGCAUCCAGGCAAGAGGAAAGAACGCAAGUGGCUUGCCCGUGUAGCCGCGAUUCCUUUUUGCUUGGUGUUUUUUCUCUCUCUCUCUCUUUUACAGCUUGUUUCGUCGAAUAACGUCGUCCCAGGGAUAUUAAACGCAAAGCUCAAGUCUCAGGGCUGAUCAUGACAGAGGAGCGCGAUCCCCGCAGUCACACGUAGGUAAGGUCUCAUCAGAGGAUGCAUGCGAUUUAUACAAUGCAGUCCGUCAAUACGUGUUGUCUGUUUUUCAGGUCUCAUGUGAGCCUCAUGCGUAGGAGCGUGUGCGGCACGUUUUAGUUGAUGUUAAGUCACUGAAGCUAGGCAGGACAGACACUCGUGUGCAGCGUAUUAGGCGAGCGGAUCAGUCGCAGUGAUCCUUCCUCUGCCUGCUAUUAUUCCCC